UUUUUGCAUUUAAGUUUAUUAAAUACCUUAUAGAUAUAUAGCCUGUGGCCCAUGUAUCACAUUGCUGCAGCAUCCUUAUUCUUAUCUGGCUUGGGAAGUAAACAGAAGUGCUUAUGGUGACCGCCACGAGUAAUUUGUCCUCCAGGUCCCCCUCCCCUUCACCUAGUUUUGAGCACAGAGGUAUGUUUACCUAACUAUUUAAAGGCAAACUCCAUCCUCAGAGCAGACAGCCUGCAGUAUUUCACUGAAAUAGCAGACAAAAGCUGUAUGCCAGGCCUGUGCAACUGGGUAAUUGUAAGAGCACAGUGUGUCACUGAAAAUAUUAAGAGAUGGAUUUUAUCCACAGUCAGGGUGUAAACAUCAUCCAGCACCUGCAGAAGAAUUACAAAAGCUCCCAUAACUUUUUUUACUUUAUGACUUCUGCUGCAGAUCCUCUGAAUAUACUGCUGCUGUAUUUUCCUAUAUGGUUCUUUGUAAGUCAGAAAGUGGGGACAAGGAUGCUGUGGGUGGCAGUCAUAGGGGACUGGAGCAACUUGAUCCUUAAAUGGAUCUUGAGUGGACAGCGGCCAUACUGGUGGGUCCACGAGACAGAGUUUUAUCAGAGUCAUUCUGUCCCAAAGCUUGAACAAUUUUCAAUCACCUGUGAAACAGGCCCAGGUAGCCCAUCUGGCCAUGCAAUGGGAUCCUCCAGCGUCUGCUAUGUAAUGGUGACAGCUGUGCUUACUUACACCAAACGACGAGGAGGAUGUUUUCACUGGCUUUCCUGGAUUGUUCUUUGGUCCAUCUUUUGUGUUAUCCAGCUCUGUGUUUGUAUGUCUAGAGUAUUUCUGGCAACCCACUUUCCCCAUCAGGUGAUUCUUGGAAUUAUAGGAGGUGUGUUUGUUGCAGAUGCUUUUAACAGACUACAGUGGAUUCACACUGCAAACCAGAAGCAAUACAAUUUCAUUGUUGCUUUCCUUUUGCUAUUUACACUUGGCUUCUAUGAGCUUUUGAAACUCAUUAAUGUGGACCUUGACUGGUCAGUUGAAAAGGCAAACAAAUGGUGUGCAAAUCCUGAAUGGAUCCACUUUGACACAACGCCUUUUGCAGGACUCUAUCGAAACCUUGGGGCCCUUAUUGGCCUAGGCAUAGCCAUCAAUUCCCGAAUGUUCCUUCAGGCACACACUCAAAGAAAUAAUGGUACAAUAGGUUUCAAGCUUUUGUGCAUAACCUGUUGUCUAGUAUUGCUGCAUUUGUUUGACUGUAUCCCAGUUCCGUCACACAGUAUUUAUUUAUUUUAUAUGUUCUCAUUUUGUAAAAGUGCUGCCAUUCCUUUAACAGUGGUUGGUCUUGUACCAUACUGUAUGCAGCUCUUACUUUGUGGGAACAAAAAAGCUCAUACUUAGCUGCAAGCAAAACACUUGGUAUACCACAGCAUUUCCAAAGUCCUGGGUACUCCACAGCAGAAAGACUUGUUUUGGAUUGUUAACCUCUUACCACUUGGAAUUUCAAAAAGAUACAUCCCAGAAGUACCAUCUCUGGACUUAUUUAACACUGCCACUUUCAAUAUUUUGCAGCUUUGAAUCUAACGGAUGCAGUCAGGCAUUCAAAAUUAGAAUAUUCCAGUCUGCAAAAUUUAACAGCACAAAUGCAUCCUUUAACCACAUAGUAAUGUGCUGUUUUCAUAUGAUAUGCAAUGUGUCGGGGAUCUGCUCUGUUUUAUGGAUAUUCCUGGUUAUGUUCUUUGGGUAAUUCUGGGACUAACAUCACAUUAAAAGAAGAAAACAGUCAUGUAUCACAGGGUUCUGCUCAGCUUGUAGGAGAACUGACACUGUACAUUCAAUGCAAAUUUGUGUGGCCCCCUCAAAGCAAAUGCACCACUUAAUAAUGGUUUAUU